GUGUAAAGCCAACAAAGCGUCAGGACUGUGAGCUUCCUGCGGCCUCUUUGUGGAACAGGGUGGAGUCGUGGGCAUGAAAAGGGGGAGGAAUCUGAGUCAGGGGAGGUGAAGAGGGAAGUGUUUCCCUGUGCCAGAAAAAUUAGACUUAUCACUCCCUUUUUCACUUUUACAUCGCCUUGACACAUUUCUGCAUCAGCUCAGCUCUUGAAUACGGUAAGUUCAGUUUUGUUUGAUUUGUGCAGUGUGGAGUUCAGAUUGUCUUUACAAUCCUUGAAGAGUUUAGGGAAUUUGUUUUAGCAUGCACUCAUGAGUCAUGAGAUAAGAUUCCUACAUAGUUUGAAUGGAAACUUUGUGAAGAUGUUUUCUUUUCUUGGACUUUGUUAAAGUGAGAACUCUGCUCUAAAACAUGCACUCUCAAACCAGUUUUAUGCCCCCAGUUUACAUACCGAACAGGAGUACAGUAGCUCUUUUUCCAGGGUGUGUCUCAUUUGGGUUCUGUUAAGGAUGUGUGACAGGCUGAACAAGGAUUUGCAAGUUAGAACAUUUUCAGUCGUCUUCAGCUUUUGUAGCACAAACUGAAGAGGGUUUUAACCACGCAGUGACACAAAGUGGAACCAUAAAGUCUCUUUUAGUGAUCUGCGUGACUCAAUCUUUCCAAAAUCAACAUCUCACAUGAAAGACAAUUGUUGCUCCUGUGAUUGCAUCUUAAGAAAACAUGACCUCAUGGGUGGUUCAGAGGAGUCAGUGAUGCGAUUACAGUUAUUUCAAUACAAGAUUGUUAAAUGUUGACACUUUUCCAGGGCAGACAAAAUGGCUAUGGUAUCAGAAUUCCUGGGACAGUUGUGUCUGAACACUGGGGUAAGACUUAUUCUUAGUAUUAUUUCAGAUUUGUUACAGAGAUAAUAAACACUCAUUAUUUACCAGAGAUAAUGAAUAGUGUUUGUUUUAAGUUGGCAUUAAUGAUAUCUUUUCUUUCAAUCCCUAGCAAGAACCCACCUCCCCCACAGUGGUACCUGCUCGGGACUUUGACCCAGACAGAGAUGCUGCCAGAAUAGAGACUGCGAUCAAAACCAAAGGUAAGACACAGUGCAGCACCAGUCACUCCAAAAUAAUCUGUGCUUGCUUCUGCAGCUUCUCCAUAGAUCAGUUCCUGGUAUUUCUGAGUCAACAUCCUGGCUUAAAAUAUUUUCUCCUUACUUGGAAAAUCUCCAAGUCUGUGCCUCAGAGCUGGCGUGGUUCUGGUCUGUUUUGGCUGACCGACUGAGAGCGACUGGCAAAAGCCUGACCGCUAACUCUUUAAACCAUAAAUUAGACUUAUGAAAGCAAAUUCCUCAGACACAGAAGUUUUUGUCCAACAGAGCAGAAUAAGAGUUAUAAAAACUAAAACGUCUCAAAAAGUUAAACUUUUUUUUAACUGAAUUUAAGACUUUUGAAUUACUUUCAGAGGUUAAAGGUUAUAACAUUUGGCACUGAUCAAUAGUAGCCUAUAAGAAUCUAUACAACCACCAUUUAGCUCUAUUUUUAUAAUUCUGUGUUAAAAUUUUAUUAUGCAGCAACUCAAACCACUCUUGUACUGAAGUUUCUUAAAGAUUUUACCCAAUAUUGAUAUUUACAAUGAGCCCAGUUUAAUAGUUGUGUACUAUUCAUGUGGUGUCUGAUAUCUGCUCUGCGUUGAUGUUUUUCAUUCUUACAUUAGGCGUGGAUGAACAGACGAUCAUUGAUAUCCUCACAAGGCGGACCUACUCACAAAGGAGAGAAAUCGCUUUUGCUUAUGAAAGAAGAACGAAGAAGGUACAUUAGGUGUUCAAAGAUUUCCCCCACCCUCAUGAUUUUGUGUCUUUACUGUACGGUACACUUAUCUAAAAUUUCUCUUAUUUGUAGGACAUGAUCACAGCCCUGAAGGGGGCGCUGUCUGGCUCACUGGAAACAGUCAUUCUUGGACUGAUGAAGAGCACGACACAGUUUGAUGCCUCAGAAAUCAGAAAAUCUAUCAAGGUAAAGGGGACCGAGUGUAUCAGUGGUGCUUGGCUAAUGUAGGCUGCAUCUGAGGGUUACAUCGCCCUCUAGUGGAAGAUUUGUUUAAUACUUCUCCCCGGUCUAAAAAUGAGCUGUGUGUAUCAUGUAGGCCUAAGUGCGUCACAUUAGAAGUAAAACAGAAUUGUGUUUCUUUCAGGGCUUGGGGACAGAUGAAGAAACCCUGAUUGAAAUUCUGUGCUCCCGCAGCAACAGUGAGCUGGAGGAGAUAAAGAAAGUCUACAAGGAGCGUAAGUUCAAAACAUAGCAGACAUUUCUGUCAACAAGGCCUGGAGAUACACUAGAACACACUGUGUCAACUCUGUAUGUUGUAAAGCUUUUAUAUAAUCCUGGCUCUCGGUGUCUGAUGAAUCUCUGUUAUAUGAUGUUGCAAAUUCUUGAGCCAGAAUUUCAACAGGUAUGAAAAGACCUGAUAAAUAGAGAGAGGUGCUGUAUUCAAAUUCAAACUCAACUUUAUUUGUAUGGCACUUUUCAGACAAAAAAAUAUAGCUCAAAGUGCCUCACAGAGCCUUAAAAUAAUAAUUAAACAACAAUAAAACCCACCCAUGGUCCCACACACACACAGACACACACCCACCCUCGCUCACCCACACAUACAUGAACACACAAGCGCACACAGAGUGAGAAUUUAAUAUAUGUUGUUAGGGAGACAUGGCCUGACACUGAGACAUUAUGUGAGGAAAGAUCAACCUUUGGGAAACAAGAAAAUAAAAUAAAAUGAACAGACAAGUAAGAGCUCUUUACCAUGUAAAAUAAGGAUAAAAAAAGUAAAAACCUCUAAGGCAGGAGUUAAGAAAAGGACUAAGAACAGAUAAUUAAUACGAUUACAUAAAAGAAACAUUAAGAACUUAGAUUAAAAUGAACAUUUGCAAUAAGAGAAAUAUAAAAAGGCAAGGUAUAUAUCUAAACGAUCGCUGUGAUUUCCCACAGUGUUCAAGAAGGAACUGGAAAAGGAUGUGGCAGGAGACACUUCUGGGCAUUUUGCUAAGCUGCUCCUGGCUUUGGUGCAGGUGAGACUUAAACAUACUUAAAUAUAUGAUGAUUUUCAUGAUAUACAAUACAGCCAGAACUGAACUGUCUUAUUUUACUGCAGACCAAGAGAGCUGAAUCAAGCUCUAUUGUAGACUACGAAAAAAUUGAUGAAGACGCCAGAGUAAGUCAUCCUCUUUGUAUGUGAUAAGUAUAAACCCCUUUUUUAUAGUUCAUAUUUUUGCCAAAUAGAUUCAUAACUCAGUUAUGUCUGAUCUAAGGUGAAACUGGCUUUAUUUAGUACAUCACUCUCAAUGAAAACUUGUAUAAUUAAACCUGUGUUUUUUAUUUAAUUCAGGCACUGUAUGAUGCUGGGGUAAAGAUUAGGGGGACUGAUGUGGCAACCUGGAUCUCCAUUAUGUCUGAGAGAAGUGUACCCCACCUGAGAAAAGGUAAGUUACUGUUUUUGUCUUUUAUUAUUGUGUAAUUUCUCUUUUUACUUUAUCUUUAUCUUUAGUAAAAACAUUCCCAUUAAUAAUCCAACAUUUUUUCCUGUUCCCUAGUGUUCGACAGGUACAAGAGCUACAGCCCGUACGACAUGAAGGAGAGCAUUGAGAAGGAAGUUAAAGGAGACCUGCAGAGCUCCUUUCUGGCACUGGGUACAUACAGUUUAUGAUCAUGACGCAAUAACCAAUAUGUGUUAUUUGUUAUCUGAAGUGAAUAUAUAACCAAUAAGCCUGUCUGUUUUUCAAUCACUAUAAGUUUCUACAGAAAAUCAUGUAUGGUUUUUUUUUUAUGUUGUCUCUCUUUUGUUCUAGUUCAGUGCUUUGAAAACAAACAGCUGUAUUUUGCCAACAGACUGAACCUAGCCAUGAGGGUAAUCACACUUCUUUUUCUUUGUCUCCUUUUCUUCUUCUUCUUCUUCUUGCUGAAUUUGUGGCAAUUUUGGAGCUAGUCUGUUUUUUCCCCCUCUAUUUGAACAGACGUAAGAAGUACAUCUACUUAUGAAAGUGCAAUUUUGCUGCAGGAUCACAGAAUCCAAAGUUGGCAAAAAGUUAUCUUACAACGCUGUUGCAUCAGCUGCUGUAGUUAAAGUUCGGGGCUACAACUUCACUAAGUGCUGACUUGUGUUUGUCUGCUCAGCGUAAAGGAGCCGAAGAGAAGAUACUGACCAGAAUUAUUGUGUCACGCUGUGAGGUGGACCUGAUGAAGAUCUCCACUGAAUACAAGGCCAAUUACGGACAGUCUCUGCCACAGGCCAUCAUGGUAAACAUAUUUCAGAGUGUGUUCGCAGCCCAUCAUUGAUGUACAGCAAGUUUUUUAGAUAUGCAGACCAUCUAACCUGCUUUUUCUCUGCAGGAACACACCAAGGGAGACUACCAGAAGGUUCUGCUUAGUCUGUGUAAAUCAGAUGAGUAAAAUCAAACCAUGACUAUUUUAAAAAGUCUGCACAGAAAAGUGGCUUUAGAAAUAUUGCAGUGGAAAGACAAAACAGAAUACAAAAAUAUAUUUUUCAGACAUGAAGAAACAGCAUCCAUUACCUAUCUUUGUUAUACUGAAACAGUAAUAAAUCGGCUCUCCUGGAGUGUUGUCCCUUACCUUUCUUUGCAUUCCUAAUGAGUUGUUUUUACUUGAUGUUGAGGUAGUCGGCCACCAGAGGGCACUACAGUCACAUUUAUAGCAACAGUAAACAGCUGCGGCUAUUUCAGGGCCUUGUACCUGACACUUGAAGAACAAGAUCUCACUAAUUAAUACAACAAAAUUUAUGAAGUCAAAUUACAUUUUCAAUUUUGAUUAUCAGCUUUUAUCCAAUUCUGUGGAUUUUUUUUAAAUAAAUGAAAAUAUUAUUGCAGUUUAAUUUUUGCUACACAAUUGUUUAAGGCAGAGCUAAUUCCCACCAACAAAAAGCAAAAAUCUUUAAAAAUUAUUAUUGAAAUUAAAAGAUUGAGUUUUUCUGCCUUUAAUUGUGGCUGCCAUGUUUGCACACGUCGAGAUCAACAUCUCUAUCAAAACGUAUGAAAUUCAUGAUCCUGAUCCUGAUUCUGACUCUUCACAUCCAAAUAAAUCUCACUCAUUUUUCUACUAUGAGCUUUCGUCAAGAUGAUUUAAUCAUAAGUGUGUUUUUCUGUGUUUGUUUGGUGCUAAUAUUUUAAUUAAAAAUGUUAAUUUUA